UUCACUUCUAAUUAGCACUUCUAUCUCAAGUUUUCUCUCCAGAGAACAUAUAGAUACAUACAUACUAUUUCAAUUCUCUCUAAAUUUAUGGACAAAGAACAACAAUACAAGAGCGUAUUUCGACACAUGGACGCGAACGGAGACGGCAAGUUAUCGGCACCGGAGCUUCAAAUAUGCAUUGGAAAGAUUGGAGGCGAGUUGUCAUUGGAAGAGGCAGAGAUGGUAGCUGAAUUAAUUGAUUCGGAUGGAGACGGGUUAUUAAGCAUGGAAGAUUUGGUUAAAGUGGUUGAAAGCGCAAACGAAGAAGAAAAAAAUAACGACUUGAAGAAGGCGUUUAAAAUGUAUGAAGAAAUGGAAGGCAGCGGGUGCAUAACCCCGAAAAGCUUGAAAAGGAUGCUUAGUAAAUUGGGAGAGUCAAGAAGCGUUGAUGAUUGUAAGAUGAUGAUUGCUAGGUUUGAUAUUAACGGGGACGGUGUGCUUAAUUUCGAAGAAUUCAGGCUUAUGAUGUCCUGAUAUGAUAUGAUCCAUCAGCUACUAGAUAUAUAUUCAACCGAGAUUCCGGUUCACGUAUAUAUUUUGGUCUCAUUCCUUUUUUGGUAUCACAUAUUCUUUUGUAUCUGGAUAUUCUUUCUUUUUUUUUUUUAAUUUUAUUCAUUGUAAUUCUAUGAGGGUGAAUACAGAGUUCGAGAUCAUAUCAUUAAACA